AUAUAUGGUAGAGUUAUGGAGAGCCAACCCGAGCUAUCUCAGCUGUUGACCGCCGACGCUCAAAGCCAACUGCGCAUAACAAAGGCAAACCUUGUGCGAGAAAGUUGUCAGUGUCGAGGGGACGCGGAUAGCGAUUUGAUAGCGAAUUGGCAUUUAUGUGCUUCCAUUGGCGAAAACAGUUCAACGCGAGUGCCAUGCCAAAUCACAGCAAACAAUUCGGCUUAAAUCAUUCGACAAAAAACAAUUUGAAUACCUGAAAGACCCCAAUCACCAUACCAGUUAAGACUCGUAGCAAACAGUCCACAGACAACAAACAACCCGACAACCAGAAAGGAGAAUGAUUUUCUCCUCGACGCUGCUGUGCCAGGUGGAAAGGCUCAUGUGCAUGCCCAUUAGCUUUGCGGUGCUGGGCUUCCUCUUCAUGGCCUGCACCAUGGAGGUGGUCCUCCUCAAGCUAACCACCAGCAAUCCCGUCUUCGGACGACCCGCCGACGACUGGGAGGAGGACAACGGCGACGAUCGCGAGGAACAGAUCUACUAUGAGAAUCUGGAGAACAACUACGACCAAUGGGCACGUCGGCGAAUGCGAUUUAAUCAGCGACAGCAACAGUACAUGCAGCAGCAACAUCAGCAACAUCAGCAGCAGCAGCAGCAACAGUUGCACACAUAAUGGACAUCGAUUUUAAUUAGAAUUAGUUAGAGUCUUAGUUAGGUCGGGUAUACUGUGGACUGAAUCUAUAUAUAUUUUUCCUAUACUGUAUUGAUUUUAAAAAUUAUUUAGUGUUUUCGUUCGCCAGCCUACCGAAUGUGUAAUAUUUUCGCUUUCCGUUCAUCAUUAAAUUAAAAUUGUAUUUGUUUGUUUAUCAGUCAUUGCGAAAUUUGCCAUUUGAAUAAGUUUAGCAGCGGAAUGAUUUUUGUGAUUUAUGAUUCCGAUCACGUACAAGACACCUAGGAAUUCCCUUCUUUUUACUCUGGUCUUGUGUAAGAACUGUAAGUGACUGACAUAAUCCGAAUCCGAAUGCAUAUCAUGGCGACAAAAUGUCUGCUAGCCCGUAAGAAGUGUGAUUAGCUCUAAGCUGCAUCUUGUUAUAUUAAAAGAUAUCUAAUAUACUCCCGGAGUGGGGGAGUUGAAUAAACUUGGCUAGAAAACAAA